UAUGACGCCAUGAAUGAAGUAGGAGUUCGAAAAAGUGAGAAGGAACUAGUGUCAAAGGCGCUCAGCGAAGACCUUGAAUAUGGCCCCGGAAUCGUGGAGAAGCUUAGAGCGAAAUUCCAGCGCUUAUCUGGAAUAGUUAGCCGUGAUGCUAAGGUUUCUCCACAUGCAACUGGGAAGAGAUGCCCUUCAGUGGACGACAUCCUCUCGACUUCUGAGGAGAAACGAAGAUCCAACAGGUCUUCAAUUUCGUCAAGUGGGCAAUCGCCGGUACCGCUUUCAUCGCUGUCGAGACAUCAGUCUCGAUCUACCGGUGAUAUGAUAAAUGCUAUGAUUCUGGGAAUCUUUGUUAGAAAUAGCCAACCUCAAACAACCAAAAAAGUCGAUAUGACAUCACACAUUCCUGAGGCCGAACCUGCUGUAUUUGUACGAACUGAUGAUAUUACAUCAGCUAUCAAUUCAAGCCCUCCACCUGAAGAACCGAAACCAAGAGUGGUUGCUAAUGACUACAUUCCCAAAGCUUGUGCAGCAGAAAAUUCGCAUUCAAUUUUACCUCAGACUUUAUCACAGCGGAUAACCCCUCACAAUGAAGACGAAAUUGGAGUAACUGAGAUGCAGCGUUUACUGCAUAAGUUCCAACGGGCAAGAGACGAGCGUCAGUUGGAAGAGAAGAAGUCAGUGGCUGCGUUCGAACUACCGUCAAACCUUCCCUCCUCAGCUCCAAAGCGAAACUUCGUCCAUGCCGUUGUUGGAGUUCGACUUUCGGGUUCACCAACCACUUCUGAUGGUCAGCCUAUCAAUGGUUCUUUGGGUUUGAAUAAACCUAACGUCGUCAAUAUCUCUGUCAGAAGUGACACGUCAACACUUCCCAGUAAACAAAGUAAGUCACCUAACAGUUUUUAG